AUGGCCGCUACAGUGUCUCAGUUUCUCAGUACACCAACUCCACUUUAAUCCCUUUCCCAUACGCGUGGUAUCUGUUUAGGCAGCAUGGCUUCUUCAGCGAAAAGACGAGCAGUUGGAAAAGGAGAAAAUCCCACUGAUAGUGAGGAUAACAGCUCUGAUGAAGGAUUGGAAAACGACGGGAAUUCAUUAGAGAAUGACAGCGGAUCAGAAGAGGAGAUCAAUGAAGAGGUCAUUGUAGACUUUGAGGCCCAUGCCAUUACUCACAAUGACUACAACGGGGUCAAGAAACUCAUGCAACAGCUGUUUCUGAAGGCUCGUGUCAAUACAUCCGAGUUGACCGAUCUCCUCAUCCAGCAGAAUCAUAUUGGAAGCGUCAUCAGGCAAGCAGAGGUGCCAGAGGACAGCGAUGAUGACGAGGAUCCAGCCGAUGAGGUGUUUGGUUUCAUCAGCAUGCUCAACCUCACUGAGAGAAAGGGUGUCCAGUGUGUGGAGGAGGUAAAGGAUCUGAUCCUGGGUCAGUGUGAGAAGAGUUGUCCCCAUACUAUGACAGACGAUCUGGAGAAGGUCCUCAACGACACCAGUAAGCCUGUGGGACUGCUGCUCAGCGAGAGGUUCAUCAACGUGCCCCCACAGAUCGCCCUGCCUCUCCACAAUCGCCCUGCCCCUCCACAGCUACAAUCCCCUGCCCCUCCACAGAGCUACAGUGAGUCUCUGUCUAACCCCCCACAGAUCCCCUCCACAAACAGCUACAGUGAGUCUCUGUCUAACCCCCCACAGAUCGCCCCUGCCUCCCACAAACAGCUACAAGAGGCUAUAUGCCCAGUAGAGAGGCUAUAUACAGUAGAGGCUAUUCACUGUCUUGACCAUUUGUCCAUGUCCCCACUACAGCAAGCCACCAUGAAGUUCCACUACUCGGUGCAGGAGGAGACGGACAGCGUCCUGAGCGGGCGGUGGUCCUUCGACGACGUCCCCAUGAAGCCGCAGCGUACCGUGAUGCUCAUCCCGGCAGACAGGAUGUCAGCCGUCAUGGACAAGCUCAAAGAAUACCUGACCGUGUGACCAAAACCGUACAGAGUAAAAAAAACCUCUGGUGAACGAAACAGGACUGAUGUCUUUAAAACAAGCCCCUCUGGAUCAUUCUUUUUGCAAUGUAAAAUUCGAUACAAAACAUCGAAAGGACUGGAAAGCUUUUUGUUAAGCGGAGAAUAAUGUCAUUUUGUAACGGUUCCCUUCAGCCCAGCGGUUUUAUUUUUAUUUUUUAAAUGUAUCUUUUGACAAAAUAAAUAAUUUCAGACCUUC